AUGUCUCGCCUUGAAGCUAAAAAGCCUCCGUUAUUUAUUAGUGAGCCUUUAACUAGAGAUGCAGUGAGUCAGUCACUGUCUGUGCUGAGUGGAUUAUUAAAAUCUUCCUAUGGUCCUGCUGGUCGACUCAAACAGCUCCACAACGGUGUGGGGGGCUGUGUUUGUACCACUUCCCAAUCCUCAACCCUCCUGGGGCACCUUUCCGUCAGCCAGCCCGUGCUGCGUGUCCUGACAGCCUCUGUGCGGAGCCACGUGUCACGUUUCAGUGACUGUGGCUUAUUCGCUGCCAUUCUUUGCUGUGGCUUCAUUGAAAAUUUCAGGAGCCUGAACGUUGCACCUUUUACUGUCAUUAAAAUAAGCAGGCAUCUUCUGAGUUUGUGCAUGGACCACCUGAAAUCCGAGGCUUGCGGUUGCCGGGUGUCAGUGGAUUUUAGCAGCGUCAAGACUCUUGUUUGUUUGGUACGUAGCAUUUUAACAAGCAAACCUGCUUGCAUGCUUAAUAAAACUGAAGUUGAUCAUCUCACCUCACUGGUUUUAAAGGCUUUUUUAUUUACUGUUCCAUGUCAUGUUGAGACUAAUGCUGUUUUAGGGAAGUGCGUGAUAAUACCUGUAAAAGGUAGAAGAGUUGUGGAUUCUACAGUUUUUCCUGGACUGCUGAUAGAAAUGCCGGAAAUCCAAUUGGGAAAGCCACUUGCUGUCAAAAGGACUGGUUCAAACAUGAUCAAGAUGGCGCUUUUCAGUGUGUCCAUGUCAGGUGAUGGCUUUAACCCUGAGGAAGGAACUGUAGUGGUCCGUGACGGCAUUUCUCUGGAAGCAUCAGAGCUGACUCAGUUGCUUGAUGUGGGGAAGCAGCUGGUUAAGGAUGAGGUGGGCCUUGUAGUGUGCCAGAAAGUGAUGCAUCCUUCCUUGAAACAGUACCUGAAGGAGAACGGCGUCGUCGCUGUGGACAGGGCUGGGCUGUGUGUGAUGGAGCCCCUGGGCCGCAUGACAGGUUCACAGCCUAUAGCUUCCAUACAUUCCCUGUCUCCUGGCUGUUACGGCAGUUUGAAGGAUCUGUGCAUUGAGAGUUUUGCUUCAAAGCAUUUUCUACAUCUAAUUCCUGAGGACACAGCUAUCUGCAGCCUGAUACUGUGUAACAGAAGUGAAACAGCAUGGGAUGAGUUGAAGCGUGUCUGUGAAACAGCAGAACACGUGUUGCAGUUAACAGUGAAGGAACCUUUGGCAUUAUUAGGAGGGGGCUGUACAGAAACUCACCUGGCUUCAUACAUAAGAUACAAGAGUUCUAGUCUACCUGCCAGCACUUUCAAAGACCUAGAUUGUUCUCAGACACAAUACCAAUUGGUUGCUGACGGUUUUUGCCGUUCCCUGGAGUCUGUAGCUCGCUCUCUGAGUCACGAUGGUGAAGAAAUUCUUACAGACAUGGUUUAUGGACACUGUUGGUUUGUUCCACCAGGUUCUCCCUGUAUCUCCAAGUGGUCAGAUUUAGUUUCAAAAUGCGGCUGUGGGAUGAAUGAUAACACAGAGGACCUCGGCUGGAGUUUCUUGCAAGGCCAGUCUGGCUCUCCCGUUAUACAGGGCUGCCCUAAAGAGCCCUCAGCAAAAGUUGCUGACAUCCUGACUCUGGAUUGCUUUGCUGCCAAGUGCAGUGGCCUGCAAGUAGCUCUGGAGACAGCCAACCUGAUUUUGGAUCUUUCAUACAUAAUUGAAGAUCAAAAUUAGCUCUGAUCCUAUGUGAUUUGUGUUGUAUAGCAAGACAACACUGAAUUGAAAGCAGGGUAAUGCAUAAUGUGUUAAAAUAUUUGGAUAAGUUGGAAUGUGGACAGCAGACAGAAAUUUUAAGUUCAACAGUUGGUCAUUGUAUACUCUUCUCAUUGUUAAUCUACUGUGCUCUCAAGCAUUUUCAAAUGUUCAACCUGUUCCCUCUGCAUUAAGCAAAGGUUUGGAUGUUGGUUAGCUCUGUGGUGUCUUCAAAGGAAUCAGAGAAAUGGAUUCGCUUGCUGAGAAAUCACGCUAUGUAUUAGAAUUUAUAGAGUCUCAACAAAAGCUUUACACAUUCAAAGAGACUUUAAUAUUGUGGCAGAAUUUUAUCACUGGUAUUCUUAAUUUUGUAGGUAGAAAGGGCUUACCUUGAGCCACUUAUUUUUAAUUUUGUUCUGAAGUUUUUGUCACCCUAUACUAUAUUUUUAUAUAUGCAGUUUCUGUUUCUAAAUGGCUGAAAGAUUUUAAUUCAUACAUGUAAUUUAUUUAACAAGUUAUAAAAACCUCAACCUGGAGCUCUUAUGGUAGCAGGUAGGUAAUAAAAGAUUUGAAAAGAAAUGGCAGACUGGGUGGAAAAAACUUUUGUCAUGUGGACCUUGAUUGUCUUCUGUGGAAUACAGGGCAGGCUAUAAUGAAGUUCCUAUCAUUUAAGCAAAGCUGCAAGAAAGAAUGUCCCACUUACCAUUCAGUUAACUCUUUGACUGUGCAUGGCUUCUUUUAAUGAAGUAAGGCUUUAAGCUGCUCAGACUUGUUUUGAUCUUUAAAUAAGACUGUAGACUGAAUAAUCAAAACUUUCUCAUUCUCAGCUUGCAUGCAAGAUCAAAAAGAGUGUUACAAUUUCUUACUUAAGCUCAUUUUCUUUGCCACUUUUCUUCUCCCUCUUUGUUUUCAGUCACAAGGGACAAAUUGUUCAUGGUGUGUUUCCAGAAAACAUCUGAGUCGGUUGUAGUCUAGUCUGCUUAUUUUUUUCCUGCUCUCUGAAGUUUUUAAUAUAUUUAUUUACUGCAUAUAAGCAGUAGAAUUGUUAUGGAUAACUCAGUUUUGAAAUAUGUAAUUAAAAACAGAUCUUUCCAGACCUUUAGUACAAAGUUCUUUUAAUUUUAAGAAUAUAAGUAAUCAUUUUCUCACUGGGAAAAAAAAAAAACGAAGAGUUUUUUAAAGUUCUUUAUCUUUUUAUGACCUGAAAUGAUUGCUUCAGUGCUGUAAGGCAUCCUUUGGGGACUUGUGCAAGGGUUGAGAAUGGAGGCUGCUGAAAGCUGGUUACUAAAAAGGCUGCUUUUAUAUCUUGAUCCUCCCACAUGCCAUGAACUAUAUGAAAACAUCAGGAAUAAUGAAGCCAAAUGAUGGUGCGUGUCUUAAAGCAGAGAAAAAUCUUGGUAAUACUUCAUCUAAUUAUUCUCUGGCUCAGAGUGCUGAAUUAUACUAUUUUACUUCCUAUAAUACCAGCUUGUUAUGCAGUGUGAAAAUGUUGAGUUUAGUGACUACAGCUGUGAAGUGAAAAUUAAAGCAAUAUUCAAGUAGAAGUAGUUGUGAGUGUUCUUUUGUCUUGGUAUCUGAAGGUGGAAUCACAGGUCUGGAAUCAAAGCUGACAGUGGUUUUUAUUCUCUCCCAAAAGGAAAGUCACAGAUUAAAAUCAGAACAAAUUUAAUUUUGGUAAGUAGCUGAAAAUUCAUUUAUACCUGAACUAAAGAUUUUUUCAUAUAUAGAUAAUUUUAAUAACAAUGAAUUUUUGUCUCCUACUGUGAAUAAAAAGGAUAAAUAAGCAGCUUGCUCUGCUGUUUGUGGACAGUAUAGGUUCUGUUCUCAGUUGUACUACAGUAGGCUUGAACCUUUAGUGUUUAGCAUUGCCUCAUAUUUAAGGGGUAAUGUAGGUGGAGUACAACUUUGGAUUCUUUUUAAAAUCCAAGUAAAAAAAGAAUUUUGACUCAAUGUAACAGCAUCAUAAAGUAACUUUUUUGAACCUUCAUAUUUUCUAAUAAAAUUUGGGUGUAAAAAUG